AUGAGUGGAGCACAAACCUGGAGGCGUCUCUCCUCCAGACCAACAGCUGCGAAACCCCAACCUCUCCGACUGAUGGUGGUCCCUGAGCUAGACAGAUCCUCACUUACACCAGGGGCCUCAGGGACUUCAGAUAUUGAGACUGCAUGCGAGUGCCGUCACAGAACGCCACAUCUGUCUCAGCUCUCGGAGAGCGUAGCCAUACCCGGUGCGCUCCAGUCUCUUAAUGCAUCCGUGAGCCCAGAAAACUGCUGUUUGCUUCCGCUCUCCAUCUGUAAAAGGUGCAGAGAGUGUCUUCCUGAGGAGUGGUUCUGUGGGGACUGUGAUGUAUUGCAUCACAAAAAACAGCCACUCCACAACCGGGAAUGCGUGAUUCGUGGGUUUUUUCAACCCAUUCCUCCAACCUCAUGCAUCAUUAAAGGGGAAGAUGGAUAUUGCACCCAUGAGCAAGCUUGCAUUUUGCCAACUGUGAAGGUGCCAGACUGCUCCUGUGGAGCCACAAACUUCACUGUGUUACCAGGGCGUUUUGACUUGCAUCAGCCACUAUAUGUAUGUCAAACAUGCCAGCAGCAGUGGACCCGUGACAUGAAGGACCUCCUAAGAAGUGGAUAUUGGCCAGCCUCUGUCCAGAACUCCACACUUUAUACACUGGACCUCCUGAGCUCCCUUCAGGAACUCAUGAUCAUUUCUCCGGGAUUCUCCAGACAAGCCUUCGCAAAGCUGCUGGAGCAUCGCACUAAGUGUGGAGGAAGAUCUGGACCUAUCAACGGCGAUGCACUGCAGCGCAGCUUCUUAGAGCUUUCAUAUGCAUCAUUUGAGGAAGACCAGCUCUGCUGUAGUGCUCCUUUCACCUGCCCAGCCUGCACGCCGGAAAUGUUGGCCGUUUCAGCAGAUGGAAACAGAAAGCUAUAUCGCUUUCGCCGAAACGGAAGCUCUGAUGAUCCUGGCUUUUUUGAGGGGCUCUUUGUGGCUGAAGACAGUGCGGUGUCUAGAUUUGUCGACACCAUACAGAAAGCAGUGAGAAAUACACAGGGAAGAGGCACAUGUGGGGACUCCCAGUGGACAGCAGUGAGGGAAAUUUCAAGGAGGGCUUCAAAAUUGGAUGAAGAGGGGAUAGAGGUUUCUGUGUGCCGCCAUGGAUUCCUUCUGAAAGCCCUUAAUAUGUACAGGGGGGAGAUAUUUGCCUACCCUAUGUAUCUUCAGAAGGACCUCAUGCCAGCCAAGGCACAAUUCUUCGCGAUGGACGUGGCUUGCAAAUACUGGCCAUACUUGGAGAAAGCUGCUAGUGUUCUUCCUGCUCUUCAGGAGCUGACCACUAUGAAACCCUUUCUCAGUGUGAUGCAUGCUCGAGCCCAUGCUACUAAGUGUGAGAUUAAAUGGAGUGGCAGGAACCAGGAAGGAGCAGGGACAACCGCUGGUGAGAAGGUGGAGCAAGUGAACAGCUACCUCUCACGUUGUGCCCUGACGACCAAAUACAUGUCCAAAGCAGCACGGGUGGACAUGCUUACAUUGCAUGCAAUGGGUUGGAACGAGAAAAAAAAUCUCUCUUUACAUCAGGCACUUUCCACAAGAUAUGUGAAGACUUGUCAGAGACUCCAGGAUGAGACUGCAAGGCUAGCUGACCUAAAAACAGAGCUACAUUGCACAGAUGAAGUGGUGUCACAGUGGCUAUCUGAUGUGAAGGAAUGGGCAGCUGGUGAGACAACUGAUACAACUCAUGCCAGUCAAGGCACCACACACAGAGGACUUCAGCAAUCAAUUGAGGGGCUCUACCUUAGUGUGAGGCAGCGGAAGCGAACCCUCUACCGUCAGAAUGACAGCAGCAAGUUUCGCCAUCGCCUUCGAAGGAAGCUGGCAGAAGACAAAAAGCUCCUUCUUCAGGAGAUAAAUAAAUACAAUGAUCUUGUACUACACACUGCAACAAACAUUGACGUAGCUGUGGUGGAGCAUUCCCUAACUGGAGAGAGUACGGUGUCUCAAAUAUGGCCGUGGGAGGUUCAUGGCAGUGCAAACAUUUCAAUCAAGAAACAAGUGCAUGACCAAGUGAUGUUAACAAUGCGACUGCAUGAGGAAACAAGUGUUUUGGUGUUGGAGAUGGCACAACACUGCACAUGGUUGCAGAGCCUGGCAAUGGUUCUCAAAAACAAAUUGGCUGAGGAGGGUAAGUUAAAUUAA